AUGCAAGAUAUGCAGAUGCAAGUGCAAGAGUUGGCGUUGGUGCAUUCCCAAAUGACACAGAAGUUAAAUAACUAUAAAAAGAUGAAGUAUUCAAUCGAAAUACCUAGAAUAUCCGAGAUUGCAAAAAAUUUGGUUGCACGUUUAAAAUGUGGCUCGUGUAUUUCAGCUCCAAAUAGAUUAGGCCCUCAUAGUAGGCAGACAAGUAGUAAUAGCGAGGGGAACAGAGAAUCCUCAUUGGACGACUCCGGUGUGGUGGACGACCACGAGGAUGGAUACCUGACGUCUGAGGAUACGACGCAAAAUCCACAACGAGUUGAAGUCACUCCAGUCACCUUAGCUGUUAGUCCAAAAGAAAUCAAAGUCAUUAAGUGCAACGGCGUAGGAAGUUGCAAGAAGAAAAAACAUAACAUGUACUCGCUGCCAGCUGACUACCUCUCCCACAUAGUCGUAAUUGACGAUCUUCCAGACAGAAACUGCCCUGGAUGCGAACGAUGUUGCAUGGACUAUACGGGAUGGCUACAGUUCCAGCAGAUGCUGUAUGGAAUUGUACGUGAUCCAUUGUUCGAGUUGGCGAUUACAGUUUGCAUAGUAUUAAACACAAUGUUCCUGGCUAUGGAGCACCACGGCAUGAGCGAGAACAUACUUAGGGCACUAGAUAUUGGCAAUAAG